GGCAAGGCAUUUCAGAGAGAGCAUUAAAUUUAUCCAUGAGUGCCGGCUUACAGGUGAAGGCUGCCUAGUUCAUUGCCUUGCAGGUGUCUCCAGGAGUGUAACACUGGUGGUUGCCUACAUCAUGACCAUCACAGACUUUGGUUGGGAAGAUGCACUGUCAGUUGUUCGUGCAGCGAGAUCCUGUGCCAAUCCUAACAUGGGAUUCCAGAGGCAGCUGCAGGACUUUGAAAAACAUGAUGUUGAUCAGUUCAGGCAGUGGCUGAAAGAAGAAUAUGGGGAAAACUCUUCUCAGGAUCUGCAAGAAGCCAAAAAUCUUCUGAGCAAAUAUAAAGAGCAGGCAGAAUUGCAGCAGAAUACUGGGGGAAGACAGUGGAAUAACAACUUCUCAUCUGUGCCAUCUCUCUCAUACAGCAACUACACAACAGAGACCUAAUCAUAGGAUGUUGAUUUUUUUUUUCUUUUUACCUUUGAAAAACAUCUUGCCAUAAUUUCCAUCCCAUCUUCAAGACUCUCAACAGUAAUCAUGCAAAAAGUUGAUUUGUAGAAAGCUUCUUGAUGAAAAUACUACAUUAUGUGUGUGUGUAUCAGUGUGUUUGAGACAGUUUUAUAAUUUGGGCAGGAUCAAGCUCUCUGUAUGCCCAGAUACGUGAUCCAGUUACUGUGGCUGUCCAGUUUGUCAGCCAGCCACAGCUGUUAUCCCUGUAUGCCCACAUCGCCUGGCAUUUGCUGUGAGGUUAGCUCAACUCCUUUCGUUGUAGGCUAGCAAAGGGCUAUGAGAGAUGAAGUCUGGUGAUUCAGGCUGUGGCAGUUUGACAUCUCUGCACUGUUAAUGUGGCAAAGAUGUUACUGCACCUGAAGAAGGGUACUCAAAUCUGUGUGUCUGCUGCUUCUGUUCACAGUCCAUCGGCAAGUAAUAUUGUGGAGGUGGGCCUGAACUUGAAUGCUAGGCUGCAGAUUCGAUUGGGUAAGAUAUGGGUGCAUGUACCUUUCUACUAACAGUAGCAUCUAGGAGAGAAGUGGGACAGACAGCUCUGAGUAAUAACAUCUUCAACUGCCACAGUUGUACUUGCUUCAGUGCACGUGAGACAGAGCUGUCGGUAGAACUGCCGC